AUGUUGACAGUUGCAUCGGACACAGUUGUUUGCAACUACACAAAUGUGUAUGCUCCGAUCAUUAUUGACAGCCAGUCUGAGCCAGAAGAGGAAACGGAGCAAACUGCAGAGGAAAGGUUUAAUAUUAACCGAGCCAAUGUAUGGGAUGGAGCAAUCCACGGCUUCAAACGGGCCUCAUUCGAUCCCUCUCAUCAGAUGCAGGUUAAGUUUACUGACGAUGAGGGACAAACUGAGGAUGGAGUGGACACUGGUGGUCCCAAGCGUGAGUUCCUGACCCUCCUGAUGGAAUGCCUGAGAAUGAGAAGAAUAUUUGAUGGUCCACAGGACAGGAGAUUCCUCACGUUCGACAAUGCAGCUGCAAAAGAUGACAAAUACUUUCAUGCUGGGAGGAUGAUUGCAACUUCUAUAGUUCAUGGUGGUCCAGGCCCCCGCUUCCUGUCAGAGACGCUCUACCAGCACCUCACUGGAAUGAAAAACACCAACAUUGAAGCCAUCAUUGAAGACAUUACUGAUGACACUAUGAGAGCUUCCCUGCUUGAGAUAUCCAGCGCAGCUACAUUGGAGGAACUACAUGCAUCAAUCGACAGAAAUUCCAGCUUGUUGCAGACUGCAGGUUGCUUGCAGUACCCUGAUGGUGUGGAUGACAAAAACGCAAUCAUAAAGGAUUUCAUGCAGUGGUACAUCAUUUACCGCAACCAUUUUGCCAUACAAAGGUAA